GUCCACCUGUGGGCCUCAAACAACCAUCAGUCCAGUGGGGCUGUUGGGUCUGCCUGCUGGCCUUUCUCCGCCUGGCCUGCAGUGUCUGUCUGGUCCACAGAUCUCUGCGACAAUGAAGAUCAGGUCGGACUGACAGGGGAGUUCAAGCUAAGCCCCACCUGCCAGAAUGGACCUAGCUGGUUAUCAACCACAACUGCCGCAGCCUCUUGUCCACCGCCCCGACAACUGUCCGAACAAUCUCUUCAAUUUGGAGGGAUCGUCAACAUCUGAGGAGUUAAAGGCAGAGCCAAGUGGGAGACCAGAUCCUGAGGAGGCUUGCCCCGUCUGUGGAGACAAGGUGUCAGGAUACCACUAUGGACUGCUCACUUGCGAAAGCUGCAAGGGAUUCUUUAAACGCUCGGUGCAGAAUAGCAAGCAUUACACCUGUGCAGAACAGCAGAGCUGCCCCAUGAACCUUUCUCAGAGGAAACGUUGUCCCUUUUGCCGCUUCCAGAAGUGUUUGGCAGUUGGCAUGAAAAGAGAAGCUGUAAGAGCAGAUCGCAUGAGAGGUGGCAGAAAUAAAUUUGGGCCUCUGUAUCGACGGGACAGGCAGAUGAAACAGCAAAGGGCUUAUCUCCAGUCAGACACCGUUCCCCACAGGAUUAAGAUGGAAACUACACAAACACACCGAGCCACAGCGACAACUGACCACAUGUGCACUUCAUUGUCCUCUGAUGCUGUUCAUCAACCCCACAUGCAUCCCUCGACAGUGGUGCAGUCAGGAGUGUCAAUGCCUCUGGACUGCUUAGUGAACACAGACAGGAUGACGACUCCUCCAUCCUUGCCCUGUCCUGGACUUUACUACUGCACACUCCCUGGAUUUGUCCAGGAGAAAAGAGAAAUGGCUUUUAGCUGCAGCACAGCCCCUACUAAUUAUCCAAUGCAGCCAAACAGUGCAUUCCCACCAAAAGGCACAUCAGCAUCGCCCCCUACCUCAACACUAAGCUCAACCAACCCCCUCUCACAAGCUCUCUCUCAAACCUCAGACACUGCCCACUCUGCCAAUCAUUCAACCAACUUCCUCAGUCAACUCCUGGAAGGAGAGCAGGAUGAGAGCCAUCUGUGUGCCAAGGUCCUGGCCAGCCUGCAGCGAGAACAGGCCAAUCGAGGCAAACAUGACCGCCUAAAUACAUUCAGCAUCAUGUGCAAAAUGGCUGACCAGACUCUGUUUGGUCUUGUGGAGUGGGCCAGGAACACGGCUCUCUUCAAGGAGCUCAAGGUGGAGGACCAGAUGGUGCUGCUGCAGAGCUGUUGGAGUGAGUUGCUGGUCCUUGACCACCUGUGUAGACAGGUGGCCUACGGCAAAGAGGGAUGCAUAUAUCUGGUCACAGGACAACAGAUAGAGAUGUCGAACGUCGUCUCUCAGGCAGGAGUGACACUGAGUAGCCUGGUAUCAAGGACCCAAGACCUGGUUUCCAAGCUGAAGACACUCCAGUUAGACAGACAUGAGUUUGUCUGUCUUAAAUACUUGGUGCUAUUCAACCCUGAUGUGAAACAUGUGCAGAGUCGCAGGCAGGUGGAGCAAAUUCAAGAGAGGGUGAAUAGGGCCCUGAUGGAGCACACCCAGCAGAGUCACCCAGGGCAUGCAGACAAGUUUGGCCAGCUGCUGCUUCGCCUCCCUGAGGUUCGCAGCAUAAGUUUGCAGGUUGAGGAGUAUCUGUAUCAGCGCCAUCUUCUGGGAGAUUUGCCCUGCAACUCGCUGCUUGCCGAGAUGCUUCACACCAAGCACAACUGAGACAUUGCUGUAAAUCUUUGUGCAUCCUUUUCAGCCUUUUAGUAACAACUGAUCUUUCUACUUGAGAUGAUUGAGGCAACACUUUACAGGGAUGUUCUCUUCCACAGCUCACAAAAAUGCCAUUAGGUUUUUCCUUAAGAAG